AUGGCAGGCUUGGUCGAGACGAACUGUUGGACAAAAGGAACCGAGCAUGGAAUCCACAUGAUUUCGAAGAGGAAAAUGCCCUUCAGUCGUCUCCCCGAACUUUACGCUUCUUCGCCCUGUCCUACUCUGGACGAUUGGCAGGCGUUGUGGGCGGCAUGGGAUGCUGUUACACAGGAAAUGCUCCCAAGAGAGGAGUUGCUGGAUCAACCCAUCAAGCUUCGCAAUGCUUGCAUCUUCUACCUUGGGCAUAUCCCCGGGUUCCUAGACAUUCAGUUGUGCAAAACUACAAGGACGCCUCCGACUGAGCCAGCCCACUUUCAGCCAAUGUUCGAGCGGGGCAUCGACCCUGAUGUCGAUAAUCCGGAGCAAUGCCACUCUCAUUCCGAAAUCCCUGAUGAAUGGCCUGCAGUGGAAGAAAUUCUUCAGUACCAGCAACGUGUACGAUCCAGGCUACUUGACCAGUACAAGAAUGGAAUCAAUAACAUCCCCAGAGCUGCUGCUCAAGGGAUCUGGGUGGGAUUUGAGCACGAGAUCAUGCACAUGGAGACGCUCCUUUAUAUGAUGCUCCAGAGCGACAAGACUGUCCCUCCUCCUGAUGUUCUGCGCCCGGACUUCAAGCGCUUGGCCAAUAAAGCUCGCCGGUCCCGGGUAUCCAACCAGUGGCACGAUGUACCUGCUCAGUCUAUUGUUGUAGGCAUGGACGAGCCUGAUCUUGACGCUGGCGUCAACGGGUACUUUGGCUGGGACAAUGAAAGACCUGCAAGGAAGACCAAUGUUCAUGCGUUCCAGGCACAAGGACGACCAAUCACAAAUGAGGAGUAUGCGCAAUACAUGUUUGAAAACCACAUCAAAAAGGUCCCUGCAUCAUGGGCCGAUGUUCAAGCUGCAGAGUCCGAUUCUGACACGGUCCUGGACGCGAAUGGACAAACAUUUCUUACCAAUGGAAAUACAAAUGGCCAUGUCAACGGGGUCAACGGGCAUGCCAACGGUCACGUCAAUGGCCACACAAACGGUCAUGUCAAUGGCACUACAAAUGGACAUGUGAAUGGACACCAGAACGGGGAUAGUGUCGUCCCCGAUUCAUUCCUUGACGGCAUUGCAGUUCGCACGGUUUAUGGCUUGGUUCCGCUGAAAUAUGCUCUAGACUGGCCCAUCUUCGCAUCUUUCGAUGAACUCUCUGGAUGUGCAGCAUGGAUGGGAGGCCGAAUCCCGACAUUUGAGGAGGCUCGAAGCAUCUACACUUACGUUCAUAACUCGAAGAAGAUGGAAGCUGAGCGUACGCUGGGCAGGACGGUACCAGCAGUCAACGGCCACCUGUCGAAUGAUGGAGUCGAGGAAACACCACCAAAGAAGAAGUCGCUUGAGGCCGCGGAGGUUCGAUCGGAGCUAUUCGCGGACCUCGAUGGUGCCAAUGUCGGCUUGCAGCAUUGGCACCCGGUUCCCGUGACGGCCGACGGCGGUCGCCUCGCGGGACAGGGUGAGCUCGGCGGUGUCUGGGAGUGGACCAGCACGCCCCUUGCUCGUCAUGAGGGGUUCGAGCCUAUGCCUCUAUACCCUCAGUACACGGCCGACUUCUUCGAUGGCAAGCACAACAUCGUGCUUGGAGGAUCGUGGUCAACGCAUCCCCGCAUCGCCGGCCGAAGAUCAUUUGUCAACUGGUAUCAACGAAACUACCCCUUUGCCUGGUGUGGCGCAAGACUCGUCAGGGAUAUCAAAUAA